CAGUGCAGCAUCGCUAUCUGCAAAAACUUACGAGUCUCCGAGAAUUGGACUUUCUCCUCGGAAUCGUGACACCAUUAAUGAAUUCAGACACAUUUGGAAAAUAGACUUAACUCCUGAGGACUUGUCGCAAUUAAUUUGCCAAGGGAAAUGGCGAGGAACAAUUACCUGAACGACCCAAAGAAUCCUUUCUUUUCCCUGGAGGAUGACAUAGACGAUGAGACGUUUUUAAGAAGCGCUCCUGCGAGACCUGCCCCGACCAAUUACUCUUCUCAUAAUCACUACGCUAAUUUUGAUAAUGACCUUGAGCAGAAGCAUCAACAAUUGUUGGAGCGUAGAAAAGCUAUCGAAGAUCGAACCAUUCAGUCUUCAAAGAGAUCAAUUUCUCUCUUAAGGGAUUCCGAGCAGAUCGGAGCGGCGACUGCUGAGGAACUUAUCAGACAACGGGAACAGCUGGAAAGGACGGAAAAACGGCUCGAUGAUAUUAACAGCACGUUACGGUUCAGUCAGAAACAUAUCCAGGGAAUAAAAAGUGUUUUCGGGAGUCUUAAGAAUUAUCUGAGUGGCAAAUCGGUUGAUAUUCCUGCAUCGUCAUCCGUUGGCUCUAAACUACCAGAAUCCACAAGUACCGACUCGAUGUCCUCUCCGACUUUGACUAAGUCUUUGGAACAAGUGCAAACUAAUUUGUCUUCAAAUCAUCCAUCUUUGCGGAUUCGGGGUUUUUCGGAUGAUGAAGAAGAACCUAAGCCAACUACUAAUAAUGUCUCUGUGGUACUAGAACAAAAUUUAGAUGAAAUGAGUGGAUCUUUGGCAAGGCUAAAAGGCCUAGCGAUUGGCUUAUCUGAAGAAAUUGACUCACAAAACGAUUUAAUAGAAAAUCUGGUGGAUAAAUCUGAAAGAGCGGAUAUCACGAUGCAAAAACAAAACAAAGACAUUAAACACUUACUCAAGAAAUAAAAGAAGAUGUCGUGAAUCAUGUGGAGGCAAUAGUCAAAUUAAUCAAGAGGAAUUUGUUUGUUUUGGGUGCAACAAGUAGUAGAGUAAAUGAACGAUGCAUUCUCUUUUUUAAAGAAUGAGCUACUUACUAAAUGUGCAAAAGUAAAUUCAAUGUACAAGUUGUUAUGGAUUUCCUGCAGUGAUUAAUUUAUAGUAGCGAGGCGUAACUAUCAGAAUUUUUAACGAUAAUUAAUAAAACUUAAAAUGAACUGAUUACAAAAACAAGAACAGCAGUCAUUGCAAUCUUAUCUUGGAGAGAAUGUACUCAUUUUGUUUAAUUAAUUCCUCAGUGGAUAUAUAAAACCAUUCUACAUUUUGAUUUAAUGUUUAACCACAAACUAUAAAGCUUAAACUUGUCCCAAUGUCAGUAUAAUGCGUUACAAUCUUGUAAAUAUUGUUAUUUCCUAUUUCAUAUAAAAAAGUGAAUGUAAGCUAUCGUGAGUGUACGUUUCAGAAGCGUAAAUAGUAUCUUUAUAAGUGAAGUGUUCUGCAAGGGUACGUUUAUGUGUAAUAAAUAUAUCAUGAAGUUUUUAUAGGUAGAGACAAGACA